GUGUGAGCUUGCUCUGUGACUGGUCCAGGUAGAUGAGUAGCGAUCGCCGAUUGGUUACUGAACUGUGCGCUGUUGGCUGACUGGGAAUGUUUAGGCCUGGGCCGUAGCCUCGGACUGUCACACGGAAUUGCAGGGGUCUGGGCUGCGGGAGGAAUGGGGGGCAGGACUGUGCGCAUUCUGCUGUUGCUCGUUUGCUACUGCGGCUCCCUGGAGGUGUUGUCAGGACUCGCCGCAGAUAUUCCAAAGGGUAGUGAUGAUCCACAGACAUCAGAAGACCAUGAAUCAGUAUACCCCACUGGAGACCAAAAUAUGGAGGGCAAUAUGCUCCCAGAUGCAGAGGAACAGGACAUAGAUGGAGCCAUAUUUGAUGAAAAUGAAAUUCAAUUGGACCUAUCUGUGCACCCAGACUUGACUUCAGAGGAAAAUUCAAAACCUUUUGAAUUACCUACCAUAGAGCUUAUUCCAACAGAAGACUUUCAAUCUGAAGAUGAAAAUGAAAGAGAAGAGAUCGAACAAAAGGGAGCACAGACCAUGAAUCUUCAAAAAACAGAUCCCCAAAUCCUAGCCUUGGGAGGCACUGCUGAGGGAGAAGCAUGUCGUUUUCCAUUCCUGUUCCUGGAUAAAGAAUACACUGAGUGCACAACGGAUGGGCGAGAAGAUGGCAGACUUUGGUGUGCAACCACUUAUGACUACAAAAGCGACUUGAAGUGGGGGUUCUGUGAAACUGAAGAGCAAUCCAAUAAGAGACGUCAGAUGCUGGAAGCAGAGGACCUUUACCAACUGGGCCUGAAAAUACUUAACGAGAGCAGCAAAAGAUCACAGAAGAAGGAAGCCUUCCAGUAUUUUAUUAAAGCAUCUGAUAUGAACCACAUCAAGGCAAUGGAGAUGGUGGCCUAUGCAUUGCUCUUUGGAGAUCCUAUAAAACAAAAUAUCCCUUCUGCUAAAGAACUUCUGGAAUCACUGGCAGAGCAAGGGUCACCCCGUGGUCAGAUGGCUCUUGGCUUUUUAUAUGCUUCAGGUCUGGGUGUAAAUUCCAGUCAAGCAAAGGCUCUUGUAUAUUACACAUUUGGUGCACUAGGGGGUAACCUUAUCGCUCAUAUGAUUUUGGGCUAUCGAUACUGGGCUGGAAUUGGAGUGUUGCAGAGCUGUGAAUCCGCUCUCACACAUUAUCGGCUUGUUGCAAACCAUGUUGCUAGUGACAUCUCACUGACAGGUGGCACUGUUGUACAAAGGAUUCGCCUGGCAGAUGAAGUGGAAAAUCCAGGCAUGGCUAGUGGAAUGCUUGAGGAAGAUUUGAUCCAGUAUUACCAGUUUCUGGCUGAGAAAGGAGAUGUCCAGGCUCAGGUUGGUCUGGGACAGCUUCAUCUGCACGGAGGGCGCGGUGUGGAACAAAAUCAUCAGAGGGCUUUUGAGUAUUUUAAUCAAGCAGCAAAUGCAGGAAACUCCCAUGCGAUGGCUUUUCUAGGAAAGAUGUAUUCUGAAGGAAGCGAUUCGGUGACUCAGAGUAAUGAAACCGCGCUUCAGUAUUUUAGGAAAGCAGCAGAUAUGGGAAACCCUGUUGGCCAGAGUGGACUUGGCAUGGCGUAUCUAUAUGGAAGAGGGGUUCCUGUUGACUUUGAGCUGGCUUUGAAAUACUUCCAGAAAGCAGCUGAGCAAGGGUGGGUCGAUGGACAGCUUCAGCUUGGAUCAAUGUAUUACAAUGGCAUUGGCGUAAAGAAAGAUUACAAACAAGCCCUGAAAUAUUUUAACCUGGCAUCACAAGGAGGGCACAUUUUGGCUUUCUACAACCUUGCCCAGAUGCAUGCGACUGGCACAGGAGUGAUGAGAUCUUGCCACACUGCUGUUGAGUUGUUUAAGAAUGUGUGCGAGCGUGGGCGUUGGUCAGAGAGGCUUAUGACUGCAUAUAACGGCUACAAGAAUGGCAAUGCCAAUACAGCAGCAGUGCAGUACCUUCUUCUGGCUGAACAGGGAUACGAGGUGGCCCAGAGCAAUGCGGCUUUCAUCCUAGACCAGAAAGAAGCAGCUAUAUUUGGAGAGAAUGAAACGUUUCCCAGAGCUCUUCUACACUGGAAUCGGGCAGCCUCACAAGGUUAUACCCUUGCCAGGAUUAAGUUAGGCGAUUAUCAUUUCUAUGGCUACGGAACUGAUAUUGACUACGAGACGGCAUUUAUUCAUUACCGCCUGGCCUCUGAACAGCAACACAGCGCCCAAGCCAUGUUCAACCUGGGAUAUAUGCACGAGAAGGGCCUGGGAAUCAAGCAGGACAUCCAUCUUGCUAAGCGUUUCUAUGAUAUGGCUGCUGAAGCCAGUCCGGAUGCUCAGGUGCCAGUGUUUCUAGCGCUGUGUAAACUUGGGAUGCUUUAUGCUCUCGAGUUUCUGCAUGAUAUGAAUGUUAAAGAAAUGGUGUCCCAGUUGGAUAUGGACCAGUUGCUGGGGCCAGAGUGGGACUUGUACCUUAUGACCAUCAUCGCUCUGCUGCUUGGGACAGUCAUUGCAUAUCGACAAAGGCAGCCUCAAGUUGUUUUAAGACCCCCAACACCAGCUCCAAGAGCAGCACCUCAGGACCCACCACCUCCACAGCCAGAGCAACCCCAACAACAACAAGAAGUUCAGCAACCACAGUGAGCACAAGGGUUUGCUCUGUACAAACAACAUUACUUGGUGUAAAAACGAUUACCCAAAAGCUUCCAGAAGACCAGAGCUGCCUCCGUCCCACAAUGGGUCAGGACAUAUGCAACCACUUUGAUCUGCUGAGUGAUAAUAGAAACAAAACAAGCUAUUUUGCUUUCUGCUUUUCAUUUUUUUUUUUUUUGGUUUCUUAUAUUUCAUUUUUUUUUUUUAUGGGUAAUUACCUCCCUUCUGCUGUAUGGAAAGCAUCCAUUUUCAACAACAUUUUUUUUCUUUAGUAUUAUUUAUGAAAGAUUCCAAAAGUUUAAAAACCGUCACUGCUGAAAAUAGUCGUGAAGGUAUUUUUCUCACCUUAGGGCCAAAAGUAGGACUUGUUAAAAGGAAGUGCUGGAUAUUGGGAAGGCCUGCUGUGGGGUUACCCUCUCCCCAUGAUAUUGUUAGCACUAUUUUUAAUUUCUUUGUAUUUAUUAUAGAGCCCAUCAAUCAGAGGCAAACUCCUAAUGAAUAUUUGUGCUCUUUCUGAAUAUACAAAGCUGCACUAGGGCAUAUUUCUGCACCUCUCUGCAACAAUAUGUGUUAGAACAGGAAAUGCCACUUAACUCGGGUUGUCAGCUUCACUUUUUAUGAGAAGCCCCUUGCACAGCAGAUAUGACUGCAGUUCAAGUUUGGAUUUGGCUAAGUGUCUUCAUCACUUAUCCCUUGAAUCUGAAAAGCUACUCAAGCAGCUGUGGUCAUUGCAGAGAUGUCACGUUCUUCAUGUUUUCAUUCUGGGGAAGAAGACUGUAGAAAAGCCUAAAAUACUGCAAUGACUUGUGGAAUCAGAGGAGAACUUGAGGAGUUCUUUAAAUUACUCCUUUGAUGCAAUGACAAGAGAUCUUCAGAUACAUCACUUGUAAUCAGAAAUGUGCUUGGAUUUGAAGUGAAAAUCAUUUUGUAUGUAAUUGAGAAAAUUCCAUUUCACAGCAAGAAUUCGAGAUCGACUGCCACGGACAUACUUUUACUAAUCCUUGUCAUGAUGUGCUGGGAUGCAGAACAUGCACAGUCCAACCCCAUAGCAUGAGAAGGAUUAAAUACUUUGCAUUCAAGGGACAAUGUUUGAGAACCCAGCUCCCCUAUGGGGUUAGAGUAAAGCUUGGGGCAGACAAGAAAGCCAUGUAAUUUAUCAGCUGGGCUUAUGAGUUUUAUUUAAAUAAAAAGUUUAAACUGUGA